ACUGAUUUAUCCCACAACACAGCCAUAAGCACGUGGAUACCAGAGGUGUGGGCAGGUGUUUUGCAGAGCUGCAGAACAUCGCACAGUUGCAAUAAGCCUUUAUCUGAACUAGUUGAUGUUAAUAUAGCAAACCAAACUUGUGGCAGGCGUUGAGCUCCUGCGUCAGACUUUACGCACCAUGCGCCUUGUGUGACUGCAGGCUGAUUUCGCAUCCCUUUGCGCGCAGAGAUGUACACCGAGCCGAAUGAAGAGACCGCACACUCACUUUGGAUUCAUAGCCUACUGUCACGCUGACUCGAACGGUACAUCCCGUUCUGCACACCACACGAGAUUAAAGACAAUAAGCACAACUUUAUUUCCCGUCUGAUCCCCCUUCAGUCCGUCACCUCAGAUUUCCCUUUUCGCCUCUACCGUCUUCAGCCUGAAGGAGCUCCGGUAUUGCAGCCAUGCCAAAGAACACCAAGGUGACGCAGCGGGAGCACAGCAAUGAGCCGGUCACGGAGUCGGUGGCUGACCUGCUGUCCCUGGAGCACCCCAUGGACUAUAAGAACAGUCAGAUGAGUAUGGGUCUGAGUCCUGGUUCCACCGCUCCAGUGAAGGCCCUGAUCCCCUCCCCAGACCCCGACGCCGAGGACGGCCGACCUGCCUGGAACAACAAGCUGGAGUACAUCCUAGCCCAGGUGGGCUUCUCUGUGGGCCUGGGUAACGUCUGGAGGUUCCCCUACCUGUGCCAGAAGAACGGUGGAGGUGCAUACCUUGUGCCCUACUUUAUUCUCCUCAUCCUCAUCGGCAUCCCUCUGUUCUUCCUGGAGCUGGCAGUGGGUCAGAGGAUCCGGCGCGGCAGCAUCGGGGUCUGGAACUACGUUUACCCUCAGCUGGGAGGCAUCGGGGUCUCCAGUCUGAUGGUUUGUGGUUUCGUGGGCCUCUACUAUAAUGUGAUUAUCGGCUGGAGCAUCUUCUAUUUCUUCCAGUCUUUCCAGUAUCCACUGCCUUGGGCUGAAUGCCCCAUCCAGAUAAAUGGAAGCCAAGCAAUUGUUGCAGUCGUGGUGCCAGAGUGUGAUAAAAGCUCGGCUACCACUUACUUCUGGUACCGCCAGACUCUCAACAUCACCAGCUCUAUCGAUGACACGGGCGGCCUGAACUGGAAGAUGGUCCUGUCCCUGCUGGUGGCCUGGAUCCUGGUCUGCCUGGCUGUCAUCAAGGGCAUCCAGUCAUCUGGGAAGGUGAUGUACUUCAGCUCUCUCUUCCCGUAUUUGGUGCUUUUCUGUUUCCUGGUGCGAGGUUUGAUGCUGAAGGGAGCAGUGGACGGCAUCGCUCACAUGUUCACCCCUAAGUUGGAAAAGAUGUUGGAGCCGCAGGUGUGGAGAGAAGCAGCCACGCAGGUGUUCUUUGCUCUCGGUCUGGGCUUCGGAGGAGUUAUCGCUUUCUCCAGCUACAACAAGAGAGAAAACAACUGCCACUUUGACGCAGCAUUGGUCUCUGUCAUCAACUUCGUGACCUCCAUCCUCGCCACUUUAGUUGUGUUUGCUGUCCUGGGAUUCAAGGCGAACAUCAUGAACGAGAAGUGUGUUGUCGAUAAUGCAGAGAAGAUUAUUGGCUUCCUAAACACAGGUGUGCUGAGCAAAGAGCUCAUCCCACCUCACAUCAACUUCUCUCACCUGUCCACAGAGGACUACGCUGAGAUGUAUGGCGUCAUUAAGACGGUGAAGGAGGACAUCUUCGACCAGCUGGGCCUGGACUCCUGCUUGCUGGAGGACGAGCUCAACAAGGCGGUUCAGGGCACUGGUCUGGCAUUCAUCGCCUUCACAGAGGCCAUGACACAUUUCCCUGCCAGCCCUUUCUGGUCCGUCAUGUUCUUCUUCAUGCUGAUCAACUUGGGUCUGGGCAGCAUGAUCGGCACCAUGACCGGCAUCACCACGCCCAUACUGGAUGCUUUCAAGAUCCGCAAAGAGAUCCUGUGUGUGGCUUGCUGUGUCAUAGCCUUCCUGUUAGGCCUGCUGUUUGUGCAGCGCUCAGGGAACUACUUCGUCACCAUGUUUGACGACUACUCCGCUGGUUUGCCUCUCACUGUGGUGGUGUUCCUGGAGAACAUCUCUGUAGCAUGGAUCUACGGCACUGAUAGGUUCAUGCAGGACCUGGAGGACAUGCUUGGAUUCAGGCCGUACUCUUUCUAUUACUACAUGUGGAAGUACGUUUCUCCAGCCAUCUUGGUGCUGCUCAUCAUCGCCACUGUCAUUGAGAUGGCCAUCAGUCCUGCAGGAUACAACGCCUGGGUAGAGGCUGAGGGAGCAGAGCAAUUCCACAGCUACCCUCCCUGGGCUUUAGCCAUGGCCUACUCCCUCAUCGUGGUGGCCAUGCUGCCUUUACCCAUCGUCUUCCUCCUCCGCCACUACAACCUGAUCUCGGACGGCUCCAACAAACUGUCCGUCUCCUACCGUAAAGGCAUGAUGAAGGACAUCUCUAACCUGGAAGAGCAGGACGAGCAGCGUUUCAUCCUCGGCAAGAACCCCAGCGAGGUUCCUUCCCCAAUGCCCGCCCCACGCCCUUACCUCGGCCCCGGCGGCACCCAGGAGAUGACCAACACCAACUACGGCACCAGCACCAAGACAGGCUACCAGAACAUCGGCUCGCCAGAGUCUGAGCUAUGAUCCACUGAGCUCAAGCAACAUCCCGUCCAUUAAAACCCCCAGCCUUGCAUGGAGAGAGGAAGAAAGGGAGCAACCAAGGAAGUCAAGAGGAAGAGAAAAUCCACUGCCAGUUGUUGCAGCGUUCAUAACACCUUAACCUCCAGAGCUGAGUCCCUAUCCCUCCUUUUCUGCCCUUACGCCCCCCGCCUGUGAUUCUUCCCUGCAAUAGGAGCCGUAGUGCCAAUUUCCUCUCAAUCCCAGCUGUGAUGAAGGGAUCAUGGGAAUGUGAGCUUGACCAGAUAAUUAUGACCACAUUUUUCAUCUUUCAACGAAAUACAGCGGCAGAGAGAGAGGGAAGGAUGGAUUUAGAAGGGUCCACCGCAGGCUUUGUUUUGUAAUGAGCUCUGACUGAGGUUAAGGUGUGUGCGGCUCUAAAAUGCUUUACGUUGUACUCAACACUAUGUUCACCAGUUUAAGAGAAGGAUAUCUUUGAGAUAGUCAGAUGUUCCUAGAUCUAGGAGAUCCUCAUCUUGUUGAUGUUCAGUUAUAGAAGAUUGUUAUUUGUGGGGUUAGGAUGGAAGGAGACUCAGAAAAAAACCCAUAUAUUUUCAUGAUCUAUAUCAACGUAUGAGAACAUUUCUCAUCCUGUAAACAAAAUGAUAACAAAUUCAUUCAAAACAGUAUGUAGUAAGUGAUUCCGAUAGUGUAAACAGUGUUACAAACACCUUGCAUCUGAAUUGUGCCUAUCAUGCAUCAGCAAUAAUACCAGUCAAAGUAGGGUACUUUACGUAAAACUGUGGAUCUCCUUCUAUCCCUUCUUUCCCCACUGAUGUAGAGUACUGUAUAUACUUGUUGUGUAGUCUGAGAUGUCACUGUAAGUCGUGUAUAUAGUCUACACAGCAGUAGUGCGAAACAAGGGGAAACUCUUCACCUCUUCAUUACACUCCCAUGAUCCCCAAAGCAAAGAAACACGCUAUAAUUGUUUAGCAUCUCUGAGCCUUAAAACAGAGCAGCAUUUCUCUUUUAAACAACCUCUUGUUUCCAACCGCAUUGCACAUCUAUGUGCUGUUCCAGUCGUGGCUGGUCUAGACAAAGCUUUUCCAUUUGAAUCAAUUGUUUCCAUCUUUAUCAAUGCCUUAGAAGGGCAGAGGUGACAGUGCACCAGCGAAGAUGAGCAGAGCAGCCUCAAGCACGCCUGUCUGCAUGUUGGAGAGGCAUACUGAGAAUAACUGGAUAAUGUGAGUAUUGUCUCUGUGUACAUGCAGAUGUGUGUGUGCGUCAGUCUGCCACUGAAUGAGAGCUCCCGGUGACCCUGCCUCUUUAAAAAUAGAGCUGCGUUACCCAGGGGAAGCCGUGGCAACGCACCAUAGUUACAGAUCCUCUUCUGAUGUGCAAGAGGAGAAGAGGAGAGCAGACACCUUGCUUUGUCUGCUCCACCUGCUCGGCUGUUUGCUCAGCAAUACACAGAUGAGACAGUUUACUGUUGAGGUCCUACAAGAAUAUAAAGCGUCUAUGUUGUUAGUAAGAGGUUCACUGCCAUGCCACGCUGUGGAGACAUCAUGUGCACCGUAAAAGGAGUAUCCUGGGUUUAAUUGUUGUACAUUCCUCAAAUUGUAACCACUGCAGACAUCAUUUCAUACGCACUAAAAUGUACACUUUGAUGUAUUUUGUGAACUGAGGUGUGGAAACUUAAAGCCUUUUUUUAACGUAAAUAUCUUGUAUGAAAAUGUACGUUUUGGGGUUUAAUGUGGAAAUUGUGCAGUGAUAUAAAUGUUUGGAUUAAGUGGUAAUACAAGGAUGUCACCACUGGGUGUCUCUGCUGGCCAGUGGAGGAGUCAAUGACUCUCCAUCUAGUGGCCCCUCCCUGACAACACCAAUACAGAGACUGAACAGAUGUAGUGUGAAGCACAGUCAGUCACAUUGUUUGGUGCCUGAACAGCCACUCUGUUGUCUGUUCGCCUUAUGCUUUUGUCAGUUUUUUCUUCUCGAUAAUGUAGUGCGUUGAGUUUGGACCAAUGUCUUGUCUCAUUCACUUGAGCACUUUAAUUAGGUAGAGACCCUGGAGUUGUCUGUUUAGUACAGGUUUGACAAAAAUUGUCAUCACAAUAAUGCUGCCACAGAAGAUGAUUUAAUCAGCAAUAUUUAUUUAGAGAGAGAAAGAAGUCUGAAUAUCCAUGAAAGGCUCAAAUGUGUCGCAAGCCACUGUCAAAGACAGUUAAUUUCCUGUGUGUUUGUACAACAGAUCUUUGAGAAUUUACAUUGUUUUUAUUUAUUAUGUUUGAACAGCGUAGACUGGUAUGUGUGUCUGCUGUGAAUUUUGCCCUGUAAUCAAACCAGUUCUGAUUGAUGCUUCCAUGGCUUUGAUAGGUCCUCCCUAUUUUCCCCAAUGCAAGUUUUGACCAAUUCCUAAACUGUUCUCUAUAUAUGUGGUUGUGUGAAUUCUUACAUGCCUCUUACAUCUGCUCAGGUUUUUAGGCACCUUAAUUGUGCCUACUGUAGCUUUGUGUUUAUUGAAGGUAUGAAUAGUUGAAUUCAUACCCCCUAUAACGAACAUUUAAACACAGUUUAAAGUCUAAAAAUGCCAGAUUAUCCCCCCUUUUGUUUUGCGCAACUACUGCAAUAACAUGUUGAAAAUAACAGAUGGUUUUUGGUCAAAUGGCUUAUGACAUGAAUGGCACAACAGGUGACGGCACCUGGAGCUCUGGAUUACAGUUAAAGCACAUUUAUGGAAGCACAGGAAAGUGAGCACAAAUGAGUUUCAUGGCGUGGUGAACAAGAGCCAGUUAAUGAUUACAAAAAAAAAGUCUGUAUGGGUGAAGUUGAAACUUGUAGAUUAUGUUAGUUAUGGUCUGAAUCCUGCUUCCUACAAAGGGUCACUGGAGGAUAAGUCUGCACAUGUAAUUGCACGGCCGUCCACAAGAAUCUAAACUGCACCACAAGUCUGUUUCUUAACUACAGGUUGAUCUGCACAAAAAAUACAUGAGAAAAGGUCUGAUGUGAGAGCACAAUCGAAACACAAGACAUGAUGCACAAUUUGUCACAUUUAGUCAAGGAUUUUCCACUUCUCCACUCCAGGUCGCUUUAAAAUACUCUGCACAGUGGAAACAAAUAUCAGCUCUGCUCAGUAACAAGAUAUUGGCCUUCAGAAUUGAUAUUGCUAUUUAUCAUUGAAAUCAAAGACUCUAACUCCAGGGUCUCUUUGUCUUGUCCAUGUGUCAGCUGUGUUGCAUUAUGUACUAUAAAGCAACUUUUCCGGUUAACUCAAGUUGAAUAACAGUGAUUAACUCAUCAAAAAUAAAGUAACAGUGUAUUUAUUUAACUGUGCAUAUAGUCUUUAUGUGACAAAACCCAUAGUUAUAUUUAUAGUAUUUAAGAUAAUGUAUUUAAACUGUACAUAUUGAUGUACAUUCUGAUAAAUUCACACUGAAUAUCUAUAGAGUGACAGGGUGUAUACUUGAGCUGUAAAUAAUAACUGUAUAUUUUUGAGAUAUUUUUUGAUUUUUGUACUGUAGGUAAUGUUACUUUGCUGUCUGUUAGUAUUUGGUGUUAGUGUACAGUUGUUCUUAAUCAAAAUAGCUGAGCGACUGGGAUUGUGAGUGUGGGUGUAUGUUUGUGUAACGUAGGUUUUUGGUGUUUAGGUGUGUGUUUCUUUUCUCCUCUCUCAGUGUUAUGUGCUGCUGAUCUAAUCCUGUUGUUACAGUGAACUGGGACCACUAAUGUAAGCAAUCUCUCUUCUGUGUUUCUCACUGGAACGGCAGCGGCUGCCAGCACAAAACUGAAGCCAAUGUUUGACAAUGAGACAAACUGAUCUGUUUUGGGUGAUGAGAUGUACUGUAAAAACAUGUUGGAGCCAAAAGUUAAAUUAAAAUUACCACUUUUAUGAAACAGUC